GACCUUAAAUGAUUGGAGUUUGGAGCGGGGAACAAGUUGCAAGUGUGCGGCGAAUCCUUUUUGCCACCCUAACAGAAGAAGAAGGCAUAAAAGAGAGGGGUAGUCAGAGAAUAGUUUUCUCAGAACGCCGCAGGGGUUUUAGAUUCCUGGUAUUUGAACUCUCUUACUUUCAGUUUGUCCCUUUGAAGUCACUUCCGCCUUGGGGCGGACGCAAGCCAAACCUGUGGCGGGAGUUGGAGAUUCUGCAGCGAAUACACCAGGAUCAGGAUGCCUAAAGUUCAUAAGAUAAAAAAGUCUCUUACACCUCAGAUUUCUUGUUUGACAAAUGAAGAUUCUUAUAAACAGUUGGAUUUUUUGCCUGACAAACUAAGAGCAAAGCUGCUUCCUUUCCAGAAAGAUGGCAUUGCUUUUGCCCUCAGAAGAGAUGGCAGGUGUAUGGUGGCUGAUGAAAUGGGUCUAGGAAAGACAAUCCAGGCAAUUGCAAUUGCUUACUUCUAUAAGGAGGAAUGGCCUCUUUUAAUAGUGGUCCCUUCAUCUCUGAGAUAUCCCUGGAUGGAAGAAAUAGAGAAAUGGAUCCCAGAACUGAGUCCAGAAGGUAUCAAUGUUAUUCAGAAUAAAACUGACGUGGGGAGAAUAUCAACCAGCAAAGUGACAGUUCUGGGUUAUGGUCUUUUAACCACAGAUGCAGAGACUUUGGUAGAUGCAUUGAAUAAUCAGAAAUUCAACGUAGUUAUAGUGGAUGAAUCACACUACAUGAAGUCCAGGAAUGCAACCCGCAGCAAGAUUUUAUUGCCAAUAGUACAGAAAGCCAAACGAGCCAUUCUUCUUACAGGAACUCCAGCUUUGGGAAGGCCUGAAGAGCUUUUCAUGCAGAUUGAAGCUCUCUUUCCACAAAAAUUUGGAACAUGGACGGAGUAUGCCAAAAGAUACUGUAAUGCACAUAUCAGAUUUUUUGGUAAAAGGCCUCAGUGGGAUUGUAGAGGGGCAUCAAAUUUGAAUGAACUUCAUCAGCUGUUAAGUGACAUAAUGAUCAGAAGAUUGAAGACUGACGUUUUAACCCAGCUGCCCCCUAAAGUCAGACAGCGUAUUCCCUUUGAUCUUCCAUCAGCAGCUGCCAAGGAAUUGAAUACCAGCUUUGAAGAGUGGGAAAAAUUAAUGAGAGCUCCAAAUUCAGGUGCCACCGAGACUGUCAUGGGGUUGAUUACCCGCAUGUUUAAACAAACUGCUAUUGCCAAGGCAGGUGCUGUAAAGGACUAUAUUAAGAUGAUGCUUCAGAAUGAUUCACUUAAAUUUCUGGUUUUUGCUCAUCAUUUAAGCAUGCUCCAAGCUUGCACAGAAGCAGUCAUAGAAAACAAGGCUCGCUACAUUAGGAUAGAUGGAAGUGUUCCAUCUUCAGAAAGAAUACAUCUAGUUAAUCAGUUUCAAAAGGAUCCUGAUACUCGUGUGGCUAUCCUAAGCAUUCAGGCUGCUGGCCAGGGUUUGACAUUUACUGCUGCAACUCAUGUUGUAUUUGCUGAGUUGUAUUGGGACCCUGGACAUAUAAAACAAGCAGAAGACCGGGCUCACCGAAUUGGACAGUGCAGUUCUGUGAAUAUUCACUACCUUGUUGCAAAUGGGACUCUGGACACCCUUAUGUGGGGAAUGUUGAAUCGAAAGACACAAGUUACAGGGAGCACAUUGAAUGGUAGGAAGGAACAACUUCAGGCUGAGGAAGGUGAUAAGGAAAAAUGGGAUUUCCUGCAGUUUGCUGAAGCUUGGAAUCCAAAUGAAAGCUGUGAAGAGCUCAGGAAUGAAAUUUUGUUCACUCACUUUGAAAAAGAAAAACAGCAUGAUAUUCGAUCAUUCUUUUUACCGAAACCUAAGAAAAGACAGUUGGUGACCUCCUGUGAUGAAUCAGGGAUAUUCCAAGAGAAAAAUACUGUCGUGCCAGCAGACCCUGGAAAAAGAGCCACAAGACAUAUCAUUGAUUAUGAAAGCAAUGUUGAACCUGAAGCUAAAAGAUUGAAGUCGGUCACCACCAAGGACCACUGCAGUGCCCCAGAGGAGAAACCAUCCCGGCCCAGGCAGACCACGGCUCUAGCCCAGGCAACCAGCCCAGUCCUUCCUGGAAAGGGCUGGCAGUGUGCUUUCUGCACCUAUAUCAAUAACUCAGUGUUACCUUACUGUGAAAUGUGUGAGAAUCCUCCAGGCAGAGCUGAUAGCCUCAGCUCUACCCAGGAUAAAAACGAAGAUGAGAAAGGUGAUCCUCAGAAAGACACUUCCAAAAACGUUUGGACUAGUUCUGACUGUGAAAAACAAGUCCUUGCACCCUCAGAACCUAACCUGUUGGCUGAAAGCAAGGAAGAAAUAUCAGAAAUCAAGAGAGAAGACAGACUCACACCCCAGCCAGGUGAUGCCCUCCUUCCCUCUAAUGCCUCAAGGUCUUCUCAAAUAAUGUCUUGGAAUGGACCCUGUUUUAGAUACAUCACCAAAGAAGAUGUUGCUGUAGCCUCACUGGACAAGGUGAAGAAGGAUGGGGGCCAUGUCCGUCUGAUCAUGAAGGAGUCUGGGCCACGGGAACCUUCUACACAAAAGUUCCUUGAUGAUGGAGUGUGUGUCCCAUUUCUAAAUCCCUGCAUAGCCCAAGCUGAUCUCACUGGGAAGCCUUCUAUAUCCAAAGGCUAUCUGCAAGCUAUGGAUAAUGAAGGAAAUCCACUUUGCCUUCGCUGUCAGCAACCCACUUGCCAAACUAAGCAAGAGUGUAAAGUGAAUGCUUGGGAUUCACGAUUUUGCUCUCUGAAAUGUCAGGAAGAGUUUUGGAUUCGAUCUAAUAACAGUUACCUGCGAGCCAAAGUAUUUGAAAUUGAACAUGGUGUGUGUCAGCUAUGUAAUCUGAAUGCACAGGAACUCUUUUUACGUCUGAGAGAUGCCCCCAAAAGUCAGAGGAAGAAUCUUCUGGACAUUACCUGGAUCUCAAAGCUCCCAUUGGAACAGCUUAAUGAAAUGAUUAGAAACCCAGGAGAAGGGCAUUUCUGGCAGGUGGACCACAUCAAGCCCGUGUCAGGUGGAGGAGGACAGUGCUCUCUGGACAACCUGCAGACGCUGUGCACAGUGUGUCACAGAGAGAGAACUACCAGGCAAGCUAAGGAAAGAAGCCAGGGGAGAAGACAAUCUCUAGCAUCAAAGCAUGGAUCAGACAUCACAAGAUUUUUGGUGAAGAAAUGAAGUAUAAAAAUUUUUGAGUGGAUGACAAAUGGUUUACAUGUGGAGGAACUGAAACCUUUUUUUUCAUGUUUCUCAGAUUGAGUGAACAUUUUGAGAGCAAAAAAUCAAGAAUUCAACUUUCUCUCUCAUAUUAUAUGCUUUUAGUGUCCAAUACCUUUUGAAAGUACUUAACACAAACUGAGAUACAAUACUAAAUAUUUCUGUGAUCUUCUUGAUUUCAGGCAGGCUCUCAAUUAUGUUUCAGUAAGGUUUUGUUAAGCUUUCAUUUCCCCCUGCAGUACCUUAAUCAUGGUAUUAUGUAUAGACUGUAUUUGAAAAAUACACUCUCAGUGACUUGGAAAAUGCUCAGUAUUGCUUCUGAACUGCUGUGUGGAGAUGCAGAACACUGGAAAACUGCAAGGGAAAUUUCGGAGGCAAAUCAUUCAGGAAUUCGGGGUCAAGCAUGACCUUCCUGGUUAGUAUGCAAGAGAGACUCUUGUUCUCUGACUGCCUCCAAAAUGGGCUUCGGGUACACAUUUUGAGUGUCGCCCUAUUUGUUUUAUUUCUUAGCAGAUUGUUUUUAUUGAAAAGAUGCUUCUGAAAAUAAGCUAAUUGGACCUAUGGUGUUGAUAGACGAUUUGGGGUUCUAGAUAGCAAGUAAUUGUUAAAACUAUUUAAAACUGAAAACAUAAAAUGUAAAAUGUCACUUACUUAAACUUCAUGUUUCCGUUAGUGUGUUAGUUUAUGUUAAUGCAUAAAACUAGGUUCACAGUCCAAGCGCCCUUUGUCUCCUGGUUAUCAUUUUGUUUUUAAAAUCCCGGUCUUAUUAGAAGUAUAUUCCUGGUACCUCUUUAAAAAGGAAUGAGGAUGAUAAAACACUUAUACUAAAGCAUGAUCAGAUGGAGAUAAAGGUUUAAAAAAUACAAUGAUAAUACUAAUAUGUCACUGACAUUCAAAAAUAAAAGCAUGACAAUGAAAACCAGGGUACAGUCCUACAAAAUGUCAAAGUCAUGAGAGGAAAGAGAACUACACAAAAUACAGGUCCAAGCAAGAAUUACAUUCACGAAAGGCCUAUUUGUAAACACUGGAUGUAAAUUUCAUUUAUUUAUUUGAGCACUUUACAAUUUUCAUUAGUAACUGAUGCUCUACAAUGUGUAGAGGACUUGUUUUUAGAAAGACUAUCCAAUCAUGAAUUAUCCUUCCAGAGUUCUUAAGGUUUAUAACUAUUUUAUUGCAUGAGAUCAAAUAGUGUUGUUUAUUUUAUAAAUUAGGCCAGGCUUUCUUUUGCCUCCUUUCUGCUUUGCUGGCCAGGCUCUUUGCAGUUUUCUGCCUCAUUGCCAGGGUUACCUAGGAUUCCUCACGGCUGAGAGCUGAGAAAUCAGCUGAGAGCUGAGAAACCAGCAGGCUGCUUUUCCUCCAGCAUGGGGUGCUUGCAAGUGAGACUUAGGUCUAAGUAAGUAGUUCAGGUGUCAGUGGCAGUUACCGCUUUAGAUUAAACUAAGGUGGCAGUUCUAGGAAUAAAGUUCUCAG